AUGAACAACAAUACAGGAUCGCCCUAUGUCCCCUCGACACAAGAGAACAAGCCGGACAGAGUUCACGCCCACUCGACCGCCCACUCCACCCACGCCUUCUGCGAGACCUUUGAUCAAGCCACCCGCGACAUGCAACAAGAGUCCAAGGCAAACUCUGACGGUGCUGGUACUGGAGAGGUCAUGGCUGGAGGACACCGUAAACAUUCGAGUGCGGCCAAGGAGGAAAACGAAGAGUCGUUGAGGGAGGCCAAUUCUGCGGUGCAGUUGGAUCGGGAUGUACAGCAGAGUCGGCGUGGUACCGAUGAUGCCAAGCAGGGAUCGAGCAAUCGGGAUGGAUCGUGGGUGACUAACCCCAACGAGCUUCCUUACAUCGAGUAG